GAUGUAGCAACGACGUGCUUUUUAUCCAAUCGCUCGUCUGUGGCCCGACGCGAGGCGAUUAGGUUCGGCUGCAGCCGUGCCGCGCUCGUUCAGCGCGGAACCAAUCGGGGCUCCGAUCUCGGGCAGCUGCUCAGCCACAAACCCUCGGAUUCGUCUAAAGUCAGCACCGCCAACCCAUCCCCCCCACAUCAUUCCGCCCAACAUGCAAUCCCCAAGCAUCAUCGCGUUUCUUCCGCCUUCAUCCCUCUCCCCGCCCCUGCGAAUGCCUCGAGUCACGCGCCUCCCCCACUCGUCGCGUCGUCCUCACGUCCUACGCUUCUUGCCUACGCUGAGCCAUCCACGCAUCUCCCCUUUUCUCAAGUCACGCAUACACAACACACAACUGCAGAUGCCAUGCACUACACCCUCUAUAGCGCAUAAGCAGAAGACAACGCUCGUAGUCGUCUCUCGCCGCUCCCCCUCAACAUUCGCGCCGCCCCCGUGAAGAAAUUCAGGCAAUCAAGUCCGUCCCCGUGCUUUUCUGUCGUAAGCUUCGAUGGCGGCGGCGUUAUUAGUCACCGCUGGCUGGAGGGAAUCAUCGCACGCCGUGCUGCUACUGCUACUCGCCAUGGUGCUUCUGCUCCCGUGGACCGGCGUUGGGUUCGCCGCGGCGCAGACGGACUGCCCGCUGAUCGGGCAGGGCAUCGACCCGUACACGGCGGGGGUUGCGCCGGAGAAGCCGAAAGUGUUCCUCUCGGUGCAGCUCAAGAAGCUCAUCAGCGUCGACGCCGUCAAGUACAGCUACCUGGCGUAUUUCCAAGUCAUCUCCUCAUGGAGAGACCCACGAGUGAACGACACGGUGGCCAUCAACAACGCCAUCAACACCUUCGGUCCGAGCCUCACCGCGAUGGCCACGGACAACUGCAAGCCGAACGUGUCGUUUUCGGGGUUCAACAUCAGCCAGAAGGAGGACUGCCUGAAGAACCGCAAGCAGAACAACCUGCCGCAGAUGGACGGGUGCAAUAAGCCGUGCACCCCAUCGGGCAUCAUGUGCUGCGACUCCAUCUGGAUCCCCUCGCUCACCAUCGACAACGUGCUCUUCUACCCGCAGGACCGCUUCCAAACAGAGAGCAUCUACUUCUUCGGGCAGUACAGCAACGAGUUCAGCUCCGUCGACAGAGAGGUCGUUGUGGGAGGCGAGUUCUCCUCACCCCUCAACUUCAAGAAGUUUCCUGUUGACAUUCAGACGCUGCGGCUGAGCAUUCAGGUGGAGAGCGGGGAGUUUUAUCUGGUGCAGAGCAACUCGGGGCGCGAGUCAGAGCAGGGGGGGGGGCAGCUGGGGGGGGGGGGAGGCACGUAUGUGAAUGACGAGGUGACGGGGUGGAAGAUCAACAGCGUCGCGCUCAACUGCACGCCCACUGCCACCACCGUCGCCACCACCGCCACCUACGCGCCUGACGACCCCUGGUCCUCGUUCUCCCAGAGCUCCUCCUCCUCCGAUGCUGCCAGCAGCGACCAGUCCACGUCGUGUGUCUUCACCAUCCAGGUCUCCCGCACCAGCGGCGUCUUCAUCAUCUCGAUUAUGGUGCCGGUGCUGCUGAGCGUGUAUCUGUGCUUCUCGGUGUUCUUCGCUAAGCCCGACGACCUUGAGACUCGAUCCGCCACCUUCGUCACACUCUUCCUCGCCCUCGCAGCGGUGCAGUUCGUCAUCGACAGCCAGCUGCCGCGAUCGUCCGCCAUCACGCGGUUUGGCUAUCUGGUCAUCAUCUCCUACGUCUUCAUUGUGCUCACCGCCGUGGAGACCCUCAUCGUCUACCUCAUCGCCGACCGGCUGGAGAAGGAUGUAGUGGAGGCUGUCAACGAGAUGGGCACGAUGGCCACGCUGGCUUCAAUGGGCACAAUGAAACAGCCCUUCUCUGAGCAAGAGGAGCAGAGCCCGCAAAAGCACGAAACUUCCUGUGCGUUUGGCCCUAGCAAGGGUGGCAGCACAGGAGAGGACGGCGAGGAGCUUCGCCCUGCUGGGACAGAAGAGGGGGAUGACGAUGAUGGGGGUGAGGGGGGGAGCGCCAGUGCAGGCGGCAGUGGCGACGGGGCGAGGUUUCAAGCGGGCUGCCUGGAUACAGAGAGGGCGCCACUCAAGAAAGGAGAUACCCACCACUGGAAACUCAGCCUCUUUGGCUACCACUUUAAGCCCGUCGACGAAGAGCGCGCAAGCGGAGGCAACUAUCUUCUGGCUGUUAGAAUUGACUUCGUGUGCUGCGUCCUCUUCUUUUUUGGUUACACUCUCACUGUCAUCCUUCUCUACACUCUUUAGAUGUGCAUCAUGUUAAAUUAUAUAUUGAGUUAUAUAAUUGUUAGGCUUGGUAGGAUAACAAACUUUACUGUAGAGGGUACAAUCUGUCAAACAUGUGUAUUUGUCAUGUUUGUAUAGAUUGUAU